GCCCCGGGGGAAUGCUGGUUGCCUGACUGUGCCGCCAACGCCGCGCCCAGGACGCGAAUGAAGAAACUUCUUCUCUUGCUCUUCAACUAUCGGGGACUCGCGAGAAGGGGGGGACGCAAGGGAAAACGCCGCCGAAAAUGGCCUCCUUCCAUAUUCGAAACGCGCGGCCCGAGGACUGCGCCGAUAUUUUGCGCCUCAUAAAGGAGCUUGCUAAAUAUGAAGACAUGGAGGAUCAAGUAGUACUGACUGAAAAAGAUCUGCUUGAGGAUGGUUUUGGAGAACAUCCUUUCUACCACUGCCUCGUUGCAGAAGUGCCAAAAGAACACUGGACACUUGAAGGCUAUGGUAUUGUGGGCUUUGCCAUGUAUUAUUUCACUUACGAUCCAUGGAUUGGAAAACUGCUGUAUCUUGAAGAUUUCUUUGUGAUGAAUGAAUUCAGAGGCUUGGGCAUUGGUUCAGAAAUUCUAAGGAAUUUGAGCCAGAUUGCUGUCAAAUGCCGUUGCAGCAGUAUGCACUUCUUAGUAGCAGAAUGGAAUGAACCUUCCAUUAGAUUUUACAAAAGACGGGGAGCUUCUGAUCUAUCAUCUGAGGAAGGAUGGAGACUUUUCAAAAUAGACAAGGAGUAUUUGAUGAAGAUGGCAACUGAAGAAUGAGGAGUUUUGUCAACCCAAUAACAAAUUAAAUUUGUAAUUUCUUGUUUUGCUAUUCCUGCCUUACUUAAUAUUGAAAUAGUUAAUGUGUAUCCUAAUCAUCUAAUACCAGUGGUGUAGAUGUUAUUGUGUUGUGGACUUAUAGGACUCCAACAGGUAGCAACAGUUUAUUUGCCUGUCCCCUUGUCAAUACAUCUGUGAUCCUAAAAUGUCUUACUACGUGUAACUUCAUUGUUGUAAGUAUCAUUCAAAUGUGUACAGUGUACACACUGGUAUGUUUUUUUUUAAUUAAUUACAUAUAUGAGGAAACAAAUGUUUUUCAUAUUAGUGAUCACAAA